UUGCAGCCAACUGGCAACCCGCAUUCCGAUUUUGUAAAGCUGUUGUAAUUAUUACUAUUCAUCCAGUGCGCGGCAAAUAAAACAAACAUUAGAAGCGAAAUGGCAGACAAGGCGCAGGAACAGAGUAUUAUGGACAAGUCCAUGCGGUCGGUGUUUGUGGGCAACAUACCCUACGAGGCUACCGAGGAGAAGCUCAAGGAAAUUUUCAGCGAAGUCGGCCCGGUUCUUUCCCUCAAACUUGUUUUUGAUCGGGAGAGCGGCAAACCCAAGGGAUUUGGCUUCUGCGAAUACAAGGAUCAAGAGACUGCACUGAGUGCUAUGCGCAACCUGAAUGGCUACGAAAUCGGAGGGCGAACGCUGCGCGUGGACAAUGCUUGUACGGAGAAGUCACGCAUGGAGAUGCAACAGCUGUUGCAGGGACCACAAGUGGAGAACCCAUACGGCGAGCCCUGUGAUCCCGACGAUGCGCCCGAAUUGAUCACGAAAACAGUGGCAUCUUUGCCGCCGGAGCAAAUGUACGAGCUGAUGAAGCAAAUGAAACUGUGCAUUGUGAGCAAUCCGUCCGAGGCGCGUCAAAUGCUCAUGCUAAAUCCCCAGCUGGCCUAUGCGCUGCUGCAGGCCAUGGUCGUGAUGCGCAUUGUUGAUCCUCAGCAGGCGCUGGGCAUGCUUUUCAAGGCGAAUCAAAUGCCACCCGUUCUCGGUGGCAAUCCACAUCCCAAUCCCAGCGUUAUGCCAAUGAUACCGACGCCACAGCAGCAGCAGCAACAACAGCCGCCGCAACAGCAGCCACCCCCACAAUCCGCUGUGGGUGGACCGGGACCCAUGCCUGUGCCCGGUCCCAGCUUUAAUAAUAUGCAUUCGAACGAUAUUGAUUUGCGUAUGGUGUCCGGUGGUCCAGCCAGCAUGGAUCCGCGCAUGAUCGCCCGCAACCUGGAUCAGGAUAUGCGUCAGGUGCCAGGUGGACCAAUGCCCAAUCCGGUGCCGCCGCCACUUAUGGAUCCGCGUACUCGCGCUCAAAUGCAACCGCAGCAGCAACAGCAAGGACCACCAGCACCAUCGAUUCCCUAUCCGAGCGAUCCACGCCAACGUCCGAUGGAUCCGCGUCUACGUGGCGCCAUGCCGCCUGGACCAGUGCAGCAGCAGCAACAACAGCCGCCUCCACAGGUGCAGCAGUCAGUGACACAACAGCAACAGUCGGCGGCACUGCAGCUCCAGAGUCGCCUGGGCGCCCAUGGCGUAUUGCCGUCGGAUGCCUCCGAUCAGGAGAAGGCCGCUCUCAUCAUGCAGGUGCUGCAAUUGUCCGACGAUCAGAUUGCCCAGCUGCCACCGGAACAGCGUGCCAGCAUCCUGGUGCUCAAGGAGCAGAUAGCAAAGACUCGAACGGCACGCUAAAUAAAAGUCUUCGAGUUGAAUUUUAAUUGUACACCAUUUGGAAUUGAAUGUUAAUAAUAAAGAAGAUUCACACAUUCAGGUU